GGAAGAAAACAUGACAGAAACAGAUGCCUUCUAUAAGAGAGAAAUGUUUGACCCGGCAGAAAAGUACAAAAUGGACCACAAAAGGAGAGGAAUUGCUCUCAUCUUCAAUCAUGAGAGAUUCUUCUGGCACUUAAUGCUGCCAGACAGGCGCGGCACCAACGCAGACAGAGACAAUCUCACGCGCAGGUUUUCAGAUCUAGGAUUUGAAGUGAAAUGUUUUAACGAUCUUAAAGCAGAAGAACUGCUGGUGAAAAUUCACGAGGUGUCAACUUCCAGCCACAUAGAUGCUGACUGCUUUUUGUGUGUCUUCCUGAGUCAUGGCGAAGGAAAUCACAUUUACGCAUAUGACGCCAAAAUUGCGAUUCAGACAUUGACUGGCUUGUUCAAAGGAGACAGGUGUCAGAGCCUGGUUGGAAAACCCAAGAUCUUCAUCAUUCAGGCCUGUCGGGGAGACCAGCACGAUGUGCCCGUCACUCCUUUGGACGUGGUGGACCAUGGGACAGACAGGCUAGAUGCCAACGUGACCCAGGUGGACUCGGCCUCUGUUUACACGCUGCCAGCCGGAGCUGACUUCCUCAUGUGUUACUCUGUUGCAGAAGGUUAUUAUUCCCACCGGGAGACUGUCCAAGGCUCGUGGUACAUUCAGGAUCUGUGUGAGAUGCUGGGAAGGUUCGGCUCCUCCUUAGAGUUCACGGAACUCCUCACACUGGUCAACAGGAAGGUCUCUCAGCGCCGAGUGGACUUCUGCAAGGACCCGAGCGCCAUUGGAAAGAAGCAAGUUCCCUGCUUUGCCUCGAUGCUAACGAAAAAGCUGCAUUUCCUCCCAAAAUCGAAGUGAGAGGAGCUCUUUUGUUUUAUGUAUCCGUCUUCAAAAUAGAUUUCCCUUUUUACAUAAGUAUCAACAGGCUGAAGCUUAUGGUACAGCAAUUUAAGAUGUUUUUAGGUUUGAUGAGAACUUUUUUAAAAAAUAGUUCAUAUUGGACGAGGUGAAAGGGUUUGAUCUGUGUAGAAAUGAAAUCCUCAGGGAAUUACUAUAAACACAAAUCGGCAAGCAUUUGCAAUACUUAAUUUUUGUAGUAAAUUGCAGGGUUAC